UUUUCCCUUUGGAAAACGGAAUCAUCAAUAACGUCUAUACUCCAUAUAUUUUCCCUUUUUCCCCCUCUAGGGAUUUUUCACAAUUGCGCGCAUCGCUGCACCCCUCCCCCUCUCUAUCUCCUCCAUUGAAGCAGUUUGUGAGCUUUCUCUCCUCCAUUGAAGCAAUCUCUGAGGCUUUGGUUUAUAUAACCCUUAAAUGUCAGAACGAAACCAUGAGAAGGGACGAUCUUCGAGGAGAGAGAAAAGAAGAUUUGAGGAUGAUGAAAGUAAUGGUAGGUUUAAGGAAGAAGAAGUUCAGGUGAAGAAAGACGAAGAAGGCGGUGGUGGCCGCGAUGGCGGCGAUUAUAGUAAUAGUGAUAGGAAGAAGAGGGCUAGGAGGAGAUUUGAGGAUGGUGAAUCUGUUGCUGAGCCUAGUAACAGGAGUGGUUCCCGUCCGAAUGAUGGGGCUGAGGAAUCACUCAAUGUGUCAUCAAGAUUUCCAUCGGAAUCUUUCUCUGCUAAUAACCAUACGGCCACCAAGGUAUCUUCAAUUUCUACCACCAAUGAAAAUAAGGGAGUUAAUAUUACCGGAUCUCAUGAGGUUACUGGAAAAUCUAGUACAGAUGGGACACCUUCAACUGCUGGCAAGAGUGGCAAUAUUUCCCUUGAUGCUUUAGCAAAAGCUAAGAAAGCUUUACAGAUGCAGAAGGAACUCGCUGAAAAAUGGAAGAAGAUUCCUUUGUCAAAUAAAGGUACUAGCUCAACAAAUGUUGUCAGCUCACAAGGGGGCUCUAAAGAAGAAAAUAAAUUUUCUAAUGCUGCUGGAAUUCAGCGUACACCACCUAACAUUCCUCCAGCUGCUUCUUCUGCUAAGACAGUUGGCAUGAUAGACCCUGCCAAGUAUGAAGCUGUGAAGCGUGCUCAGGAACUUGCUGCCAAGAUGGGCUUCCGCCAGGAUACAGAAUUUGCUCCUUUGAUUAAUUUGUUUCCCGGGCAGUUGCCACCUGAUGCUGCAGCACUUCAAAAACCUGCAAAGGCUCCCGUUCUUCGAUUGGAUGCUUUUGGUAGGGAAAUUGAUGAGCAUGGAAAUGUUGUCAACAUAUCUAAACCAAGCAGUCUUAGUACUCUUAAGGUGAACAUUAACAAGCAGAAAAAAGAUGCAUUCCAGAUUCACAAGCCAGAAUUGGAAGUUGAUCCAGAGAAGAAUCCACAUUUCGACCCAAGGAUGGGUAUUGACAAAACCAAACUUCUUAGGCCCAAGAGAAUGAGUUUCCAGUUUGUUGAGGAAGGUAAAUGGUCCAAAGAUGCUGAAAUUAUCAAACUGAAGAGUCAAUUUGGAGAAGCCCAAGCCAAGGAGCAUAAGGCUAAGCAGGCACAGCUGGCUAAGGCAAAGGCAGAGCCGAACAUAAAUCCAAAUUUGAUUGAAGUUUCAGAAAGAGUUAUUACAAAAGAGAAGCCAAAGGAGUCAAUUCCAGAAGUUGAAUGGUGGGAUGUGCCUCUUCUGCGUUCUGGUGAUUAUGCUGAUAUUGCUGAUGGUAGCACCAUUGAAGAUAGAGUAAAGAUGGAGAAGAUCACGAUGUAUGUUGAGCACCCCCGUCCUAUUGAGCCUCCUGCAGAGCCAGCCCCUCCUCAACCUCAACCGCUGAAACUUACUAAGAAGGAACAGAAGAAACUCCGUACACAGCGUCGCUUGGCCAAGGAGAAGGAAAGGCAGGAGAUGAUUAGGCAAGGUUUAAUUGAGCCCCCCAAACCUAAAGUUAAAAUGAGUAACCUCAUGAAGGUGUUGGGCUCUGAGGCAACUCAAGACCCCACAAAAUUGGAGAUGGAAAUUCGAACUGCAGCAGCUGAGCGUGAGCAGGCCCAUGUGGACAGGAACAUUGCUCGCAAACUCACACCUGCUGAGCGGCGUGAAAAGAAAGAAAGGAAGCUGUUUGAUGAUCCAAAUACCCUGGAAACUAUCGUAUCAGUUUAUAAGAUCAAUGACCUUUCACACCCAAAAAAUCGGUUUAAAGUUGACAUUAAUGCACAAGAGAAUCGUUUAACUGGUUGCGCUGUCAUUUCUGAGGGUUUUAGUGUUGUGGUCGUUGAAGGUGGAAGCAAAUCCAUUAAGAGGUAUGGGAAGCUGAUGCUUCGGCGGAUAGAUUGGGCUGCCAAGCUGGAAAAUGAGGAUGAGGAGGAAGAUGAUGAUGAGGAAAAACCACCAAAUAAAUGUGUUCUCGUGUGGCAAGGAAGUGUGGCAAAACCUUGUUUUAAUCGGUUCUUCAUCCAUGAUUGCAGAACUGAGGCUGCUGCCCGCAAAGUUUUUUUUGAUGCUGGUGUUGGCCACUACUGGGAGUUGGCUGCAAACUUUGUGGAUGACCAGAUAUGAAGUUCUCACUGUUUGUACCUGCUAGUCAAGCUACAGAACUAUUUCUGCUUUCUACGGAUAAUGAAUUUUUGGUAAUGGUUGUGUAAUUAAAAUUGCUGACUUUUCAGGACAUACUGUGGAAUGGAAGGAAAUACUACUACUUCGUAUUAGAUACAUCGGUUCUGAUCUGUAGUUGCACAACCUCGGCAAUCUGUCUUUUCUUUCCGGGGCAGUAGUUUUUGUUGGCUCUUAUCUGUAGUGUUUAAGGAUGACUACAACAACUGUGAUAGUAUGAAAUCAAACUAAACUCCUUUUGCUGCAAGAUAUCAGCUUGACCUGAUCAAAGUUAACGUUUUGAGUACGAGAUCAAGUGUUUUAAAGUAAAAAGUUGUCAUUUGGACCAAACUUCAACUGAUGUACUAGCCUGAGAUUUUUUUUUUUUCCAAAUCCUUUAGCCAUUUACUCAGCAGUAGCUUGUCCGACAUCUCCGACCACAAUUUGUAUUUUCCUGAAAGUUACAGCUCCGAGAUUUUUGAUGUGCCUAGCUAAGAUUGUUAGUCUUUAUUACAAUUUACUGUUUUGAUCCUUUACCAUUUGAGUUUGUAGUUUGUCUGUCUCUUGUUACUAGUAUAUUCUGAUGAGUAACUUGUGAUCUUUUUUGCCA